AUGGCGGACCAAGAGGAGGACUUCAGUCAGCUUCCAUUAUCCGAACGCUUUCAACAUAAGGUAUGGAAAGUAAGGAAAGCUGCAUAUGAGAGCGCAGCAAAGCAAUUCGAGAGUACAGCUGACGAAUCUGACCCCAUCUUUCGUUCUUUAAACAUAGACCCUGGACUUUGGAAAGGUGUUGUGUCAGACUCAAAUGUCGCAGCGCAGCAGGAAGGAAUCGCAGCAUUAUGUGCAUUUCUGAAGUAUGGCAGCAAGGAAAAUUGUACAAGGACCCGAAGUCAUACUGUGAGCCCGCUAGUUGAGAAAGGCCUAUCAUCAACGAGAGCUGCUACGAAGGCCUCGUCUCUAGAAGCCAUCCUACUUUAUAUAGAGUUAGAUACGGCUGCUCCAGUUAUUGACGAUUUGUUACUCUCGCUUUCCAACAAACAGCCAAAAAUCGUCGCAGCAACACUAGUAGCCAUCACAUCGAUUUAUCACAACUUUGGAUGCAAGAUUGUAGAUCCAAAGCCAGCCCUAAAAGCGCUCCCAAAAGCAUUUGGGCAUGCAGACAAAAAUGUCCGACAAGAAGCUACCAAUUUAGCUGUAGAGUUUUACAGAUGGCUUAGGGAAGCCAUGAAACCAAUGUUUUGGGGAGAUUUAAAACCCACACAACAGUCUGACAUGGAAAAACUGUUUGAAAAGAUCAAAUCUGAGCCAGCUCCCAAGCAGGAACGUUUGUUGAGGUCGCAGCAAGCAACGAUAGCCCGUACAGCUGCUUCAGGCGAAGUUCCCUCAGUGGAGCUAGAAGAUGAUAUCGAGGAAGAAGCAGAAAUUGAUGUUUUCGCCAUGUUAGAGCCUCAGGAUGUACUGACAAACAUUUCUCCCAAUUUCACGGAACAAGUAUCCUCUUCGAAGUGGAAGGAAAGGAAAGAAGCACUAGAAGCAGCCUUUGCGAUCUUAAACGUACCCAAAAUUAAGGAUGGCGACUUUGGAGAGGUAAUCCGAGGUCUUGCCAAGUGCAUUAAAGACCCAAAUAUCGCUGUCGUGACGCAGUCAGCUCAAUGCUUAGAAGUUCUUGCGAAAGGAUUAAGGAAACCUUUCGGAAAGUACAGGACUACCGUUUCCGGGCCAAUUUUUGAGAGGCUGAAAGAGAAAAAAACCGCAGUUUCUGAUGUACUUGGUGCAGUUUUAGAUCAGGUUUUCAUCAACACUAGUUUGUCGGAUAAUUUAGAAGAGAUAUUAGAAAACUUGAAGCACAAGAACCCUCAGGUCAAAGAGGGAACGAUGAAAUUCCUUAUCCGAUGCCUCAAAAAUACUCGAGAGGCCCCUUCUAAGCAAGAAAUCUCUUCCAUAGUAGCGUCUGCUAAAGUUUUAUUGGCCGAGCCAACUGAGGUUCUACGAGCUGGUGGUGCCGAAGUUUUGGGAACAGUUAUGAAGAUAAUGGGCGAGAGAUCCAUGGGUCCUCACUUGGAGGGUCUUGACGACAGCCGAAAGUCUAAAAUUAAAGAAUACUUUGACAACGCCGAAGUAAAAGCGAAGGAUAAACCAAAGCCUCCUCCACCUGCUCCAACUGCUAAAGUACCACCAGCCGCUGCACCCCGCAAAGUUGUCAAAAAAUCAACCGUAAAAAAGCCACCUCCGGCACCAAGUGUAUACGCACAGGAAACACCUGCUGCUUCCACACAACUAGCGAAAAGCACAACAGUAUUAAAAUCUGUAGGCCCAAAGGCAUCUUCAACUUCAACGCCUGGACUUAAGGCGCCAACGAAGCGAGCGCUCCCCAGCGCCGGGAGUAUAACAUCCCCCCGUCGUACUAUUGCACAAUCUUUACCACCAGAAGAAGAAGUUACGCUAGCCCCAAGAACUGGUUUAGGGCGAGGACUAGCCGGAAGAUCUCUUGCUGCCAAGCUACCGCCAUCUAUCACUAUACCUCCAAAUCAAGUAUCGCCCCCUCUCGAAUCAUCUGAACUAACUGCCCUCGAAAGAUCUGAACUAGAAGAGCUUCGGCUAGCCAAAGAUAGGCUGCUUAGACAAAAUGAUGACCUGAGACAAGAACGCUCGAGGCUUAACUCAGAAGUGCAAGGCCUUAAGAAUGAGACGGCACAAUUGAUCGAAGAUCGAGCUAGAGAUUCACUUUCUGUCAUGGCCAAAGAGACUCAAUUAGUUCGUGCCAGAUCUGACUGUGAGGCGGCAGAAGCAAUGUGUGGUCAACUUAAAAGAGAAAUGGAAAGGUUAAAGCGUGCAUUAACGAACGCUGAACGAGUUAGUAGUCCAUCUGCGAUGAGUCCAACUAGAGAAGCCAUCAAUGAGGAUACUGGUGUAUUUCGUGACACUGGGAUGUACGGUGGUGUUUCCGACAACCGUCAAGCUUACAACCGAUCUAGAUUAUCUUAUACUUCCGCACUAAGUGAAGAAAAAGAAAAUGGUGAUCAUUUAUCUACGUCAUUUCGGAACAAGAUUUCUCCGGAUCUCGGUAGAAACGGCAGAACAAGCGCAACCAGUGGGCGGAAUAGCCCUGCACCACUAUCUUAUCAGCCCUCUAGAGUCAGCAGAGAAAUAACUACUGAUAGCGCUCGAAAUGAACCUGAACAAGGAGUAGAAAGCUGGAAAAGGGCAGCAGAGGUCACAAGCGCUUUAAAAGCAAGGAUAGAGCGAAUGAAAGUUCGUAAAAUAGUCUGCACUUUAAAAUUUGAAUGCUAA